AUGGAGACGACCGCAAGCAUCAUAGCAGUCGCGCAGUUAUGCGAAAAGGUUAUCCAAUACAUCAAAACUGUCCAUGGGGCCAAACAUGAGAAGCAGCGCCUUCGCUCACAAGUCCGCAAUUGCAGUAACCUGUUACUGCAGUUGCAAGACGACGUGGAAGAUUCUGACGAAGCCGAAGAAUGGACUAAGACUCUAGAGCUACUUUCUGUUCCGCUCGCGCGUCUUCAGGAGGCAUUGAGCCUGGCAGCCGUUGCGUUAUCCGCCCGAGACAGCAUUUCCGAGAAGUUGGGAUGGCCAUUCAAAGAGAAGGAUGUGGAGAAGUUGAUUGAAGCAAUCAAGAGUGAGAUGGCGAUGGUCUCAUUAGCUCUGGAUCGCAAUGCAACAAGACUGCUUCUCACUAUCAAUGCUCGGUCUAGGAAUAACGAACAGCGGCUCAUCGAAUUGAAGGAUAGUUUGGAAGUUCGUAUCGAUGCUGCCCAUCGAGAAUUGAAAGAGAUCGGCCACAAGAUCCAACUUGUGCAAACAAAUCAAGAUGAUGUGCGGAAAGACUUAGAUGAUCGCCAAGCUUUCGAAGAGGCUGCCAAAACACGUCAGCUUAUCUUAAGCUGGGUCCCAUCCACUAGCCACGACUCUCAACAGCGAGAUGCUAUCAGUAGGCGACAACCUGGAACUGGCGUAUGGCUCUUGAGGUCAGAACAGUAUCAAGAUUGGCUGAGUACGGAAGGAGGGACCCUGUUCUGUCCUGGUAUCCCAGGGGCCGGAAAGACUAUUCUCGCGUCAAUCAUCAACGCUGAUCUUUGGGAGCGAUAUCACGACGAUGCUGAGAUUGGGUUAGCCUACCUGUUUUGCAACUUUAAACGUCGCGACGAGCAUACGUUGGACGGUCUCUUGUUCCAAUUACUAAGACAACUUGUCGAACAGCAGCCGAUAUUACCGAAACAAGCCCAGGAAUUGUAUGAACAGCAACAGAAAACAGCAUCGAAUCGAACGAUAGCCAUUGCCGAGAUCCUGCAAGUAGUAGCGGCCGAGUACAAGAGGAUAUUUAUCGUCUUAGACGCGCUGGACGAGUGCCCAACGGCUGAUGACUGCCGCACCGAGCUGCUGUCUCACAUAGCAAAGCUGAGAAGAUCCACCACCGUUACAGAAUCCAUCACCGCUCCAGAACUCAUCACCGCUACAGAACCCACUGCCGCUCCAGAAUCCACGGAGGGAGAGCCGCAGAGUCUAGUCAAUCUUCUUGUUACAUCAAGAAUCAUACCGGACAUCACCGAGCGAUACAAGGAUCAUCCACAAUUGAACAUCGAAGCCCACGACGCAGACGUACGAAGUUACCUAGUCAAGAGUAUGCCCCGUCUUCCUGGAUUUGUGCAGAAGAGUACCGAGCUACAAGAAGAAAUUAUGACUAAGAUCAUCGGUUCGGUGCGAGGAAUGUUCCUCUUAGCUAAGCUACAUUUUGACACCAUGGUUGGCAAGAAAUCCGUAAAACAAAUCCGGACGAGUCUCGCAAAGCUUGCAACUGGAUCAGAAGCUUACAACUCCGCAUACGAAGACGCAAUGGAGCGUAUCAAAGGGCAAGUUCCAGACCAAGCAGAGUUAGCUACGCAGACACUAGCACUUAUUACGUGCGUCCGAAGACCACUCUCUACAUCGGAGUUGCAACAAGCACUUGGUGUUGAAAUGGACGAACCAGAUCUCGACCCUGAAAACUUUUCAGAGAUUGGAGAUGUUGUCUCGGCAUGCGCUGGGCUUGUCACUAUUAGCGAGGGUAGUGAGAUCAUACGGCUCGUGCACUACACAACGCAAGAGUACCUUGAGCGAACUCAGCAACGAUGGUUUCCCGACGCUCAGGCUAUGAUUACGAGAGUCUGUACAACUUACCUUGCUUUCGAGGUCUUCGGCGGGCUAGAGGACGUGCAGCAUCACACGACAUCUCAUAGCCCGACUGGCGGCGUCUUAGCCAAGUCGACACCUCGCAGUGGAUCGCCGAAUGAGUUCCAAAUACCUACAUCGAAAUACACUUUCUACGAGUAUGCCGCCAAUCAGUGGGGUCACCAUGCACAUUUGGCACCAACCGCAUACUGUCAGGUGAUGAACUUCCUUGAGCGUCCUGCCAAUGUGCUGGUAGCUCAUGCGAGGGCUCUGCCUCGCUAUCGACAGCUGGUUUCCGUUGACCCAGUACAUAUUGCUGCAGAGUUUGGCUUAGAGUCGCCACUAAUCGAGCUGCUCAAGCGGGAAGCAGACCCUAACUCAGUAGCUAUUUACCAGGACACAAGGCCUUGGCAGUAUGAGCGAGAGUCAAUCACACCGCUACUACUCGCAGCGAAGCAUAGUCAUGAGAAUAUUGUAAAGAUCCUGCUUGCGCACGGCGCCAAUGCGAGCUACGUUAACGAGCAUCGAAAUAGCGCAUUGACCUAUGCAUUGGCUAACAAGGACUUUGGUCUUGUCGAUGUACUGAAGAAACAUGGUGUCGAUCUCGAGCAUCCCACCGAACUACAUCAGGCCGCGGAAAGUGGCGAUUUGCAGCUCAUCGAGGACCGCAUUGGAAAUGCUUCCUCACGUAUCAAUGCAUUGAAUAGCCGACGCGAAACGGCAUUACUUGUGGCUGCACGCUCUGGUCAUUACGACGUGGCCAACUAUCUUGUCAAAGCUGGGGCAAAUCUCGAAGUCUCUGACUAUCAUGGUCACACUCCCCUUCUGGCCGCAACACGAUCUAACCGUCCAAAAAUUGUCGAUUUGCUUGUCACAGCAGGCGCCGAUCCCAACGCUGUCAACUACGAAUUCCCGACAAACCCUUGGCACCUUGAGAAAGAGACAACCCAUGAAGCUGGUGUAAGAAAAAUCCUCGGGGCGCAGACUCGACCCGACAAAAAGUACCGCAGUGGUGCAACCGCUCUUAUGCUUGCAGCCAACGUGGAUAGUCAAGCUAGUGCAACUCUACUCUUGAGAUCUGGUGCCGAAGGAUGGGCAAGAGACGUCCACCAACGAACAGCAUUGGAAUAUGCCAUCCUAUCGAAGUCAGUUUCUGUAGUAAGGGUUAUUUUUGAACUCUGCCCAACUCAGCUACGAAAAGACGUGUUCAACGAGUAUUUGUGCAUGGCUUCUGAGAGUGCUCAUGCCGGCAUGGUCGAGUUACUCUUGGGCUUUAGUGACAAGAUACAAUCCAACGCACCUGGAAAAUCUUCAGGUAAAGCUUCAGCAUUGACAGCAGCUGUCCAAGCGUGCUCAAGACUGAAUGAACGAGAUAGAAAUUACGCCAAGAUGGUCGCAGGUUUUAAGGCUGUCGCUGAAACACUGUUACGUGCUGGUAUUGAGUAUGAGUACGAUGCGUUUCAUCAUACAACAGAUCAUAUUCUGGAGACACUCCUUCACGCUGAGGCCGGUUUCGAUUUCAGAUUUGAAGACGGUUAUACGCUAUUCAUCUGGGCAUGUCUGUACGGCGAUGUCAGCCUUGUCGAACGUUACCUCCAGCUGGGCGGCAAUCCAAACGCUGUCAACGAACAGGGUCUUUGCCCGCUCUACGAACUCUGCCAUGCCCGCAAACCGGAAGAAGGCAAGAUCAAAGCGCUCUUGUAUUACGGUGCCGAUGUCAACUACCAAGACAAAUACGGUCGCACUCCGCUUUUCGCUUUUCGUCCAGCAGUGGCUGGCGCCGUGGACAUAAUAAAACUGCUUAUAGGGGCUGGAGCAAACAUAAACCAUCGAAGUAACAAGGGCCGAACACCCCUGUUUCUAGCAGCGAAAAAUCACGAGGUCGAGGUCGUCGAGCUCUACCUGCGCCACGGAGCGAGUGCAAUCACGAGAGAUCGGGCUGGCCUAACUCCGCUUUCGCUUGCUCUUUCGCUCACCAAAUGGCACCGUUAG